GGAACAGCCUGUACUGUAAUUGCUCUCUCUCGCUCUGUCUCUCUCUGAGAUUGCCUUGAGUUUGAUGCUCGGAAGAGAGGGAGGAGGAGGCGAUGAGCUUCGAGGAUCUCGAGUCCGGUCGGCCGCUUCCGGCGCGGGGGAAGCAGGAUCCUUCCCAGGCUGUCGCCGCCGGAAUCUUCCAGAUCAACACAGCGGUCUCCACGUUCCAGCGGCUGGUCAACACCCUUGGCACCCCAAAGGACACCCCUGAGCUCCGCGAGAAGCUGCACAAAACUCGGCAGCACAUUGGACAAUUGGUUAAAGAAACUUCCGCAAAAUUUAAAGCUGCCAGUGGAACGAAUCAUCAUGCUGAGCCUAAUAGAAAGAUUGCUGAUGCAAAGCUUGCAAAAGAUUUUGAAGCAAUUUUGAAGGAAUUUCAAAGAUCUCAAAGGCUUGCAGCUGAGAGAAGAACUGCUUAUACUCCUUGCAGUCCCCAAAGUGUCUUGUCAUCAAGAGAAGAGUUUGUGUUGCUUGAUAAUGAGGCUAUGUUAACAACUGAGAAAGAGGGGAUUGAGGAGAUCCGACAACAACUUGGUGAAGUGAAUGAAAUCUAUGAAGACUUGGGAGUGGUUAUUCAUGACCAAGGAGUUACGACUGGCAACAUUUGUAGUCCCAACGAAGGCUAUCAUGCAUCCUCUAAGCAAGUCAAAAGACUCAAAACUCAAUUAGCGAAAGCAGCAAAAGAUAGAAAACCAAAUUCAUCUCUGGCAUGCUUGCUACUAGUGAUAUUUUGCAUUGUCCUUCUCAUUGUGAUCAUACUGCUAACGGCAUAGUUUCCUGUCUGGUCUUGUGGCUUUCAUAAGCAGACACUGAAGAAAUGCUCCAGCAUCUCAUAAGCUUGAGGUCCCGCCUCAGAUUUUUGUGUAUCAUAUUCAUCCGCUUGUGUACAAGAAAUUUUGGCUGUUUGGCAUUAUCUCAUUUCUCAGUCGCAUAGUCUCAGCAAUUUUUUUUCCUCCUUCAUGGCAGUGAGUUCUUGGUGCAUCCUAUUAUAUUGUUUUUUGGUUUUGCUCUUUAUGUAUCAUAUGACCUUUGACAUCAACCUUAUAAAAAUAAAAUUUAAAUUAUUUGA